AUGGAUUUGGCUCGUUUCAAUCGACCCAAUACCCAUGCAUUUGACAAUAUCAGCUGGAAUUCUAAGACCCAUUUGGUUAUUAACUUUCCCAAUACUCGAAUUCUUCGUGUGAUUUCUUAUUCGUCGUUUUUCGCUAUGGUUAUUCUCACGUUUCCUUGUAUUGUGUCCAUUCUUGGGCAAGAAAGUGGGUCAUCUGAGUUUUUUUCUGUAUCAGACAUGGUUGAUUCUAUGAAAUUGGAUUUGUUUUUUCGUGAUUUGGGUCAUGAAGGUUUUUCCAAGAACGGCCAUAAGGUUCUCAUUUUGAGCUCUGCUGAAACAAAGGGCUUGAUUCAGAUACGUGUGUUGGAUGGUGAUGAACACAAACUUAAUAUUGUUGUGGACUCUGAUUUUGAUCGGACUGGGUUGUUUUCUGACGAUUCUUUUGAUUUUGUGUUAUCUUGGGACUUUAUGGACUCUGAUUUCAUUGAUAGAAUUCUGAAAACAGGUGGCAUUGUGGCUUUUCCACUCAUUAAUAACAAUGACCCAUCAAAUCAUUUUGAGAAGAAACCAAAUUACAAACCUAUGUUUCUCAAUAGAUACACCUCCAUUAUUGUUGCAAUGGAGAAGACAGCCUUGGCUGAUAACCUAGUUUAUGCUUCAGCUUCAAGAAGACGUCUCUUAAAAUCCUCAUUGCCAACUACAAAUGCAGCUUUGAGAGACCUUGAGGAUGUGACCAAACCAAACAAACUUGGGAGGAAAAUCAAUUACCUUCCCGACGUUUUUAAACUUGAAGAAGAAUCUUCAAGCAGUGUCACGUCAAGAAAUGCUGUCUGA